AUGAGAAUCUACUACAUUGGUGUAUUUCGCUCUGGCGGAGAAAAAGCUCUAGAGUUGAGUGAAGUUAAAGACUUGUCACAAUUUGGUUUCUUUGAAAGGUCUAGUGUUGGCCAAUUUAUGACUUUUUUUGCCGAGACAGUCGCUUCUAGAACUGGUGCUGGACAAAGACAAAGUAUAGAAGAAGGUAACUAUAUCGGCCACGUCUAUGCCAGGAGUGAGGGCAUAUGUGGUGUUUUGAUCACUGACAAAGAAUACCCUGUCAGACCAGCAUACACACUAUUAAAUAAGAUAUUGGAUGAAUAUUUGGUUGCACAUCCUAAGGAAGAGUGGGCAGACGUGACUGAGACCAAUGAUGCGUUAAAAAUGAAACAAUUGGACACAUAUAUUAGCAAAUAUCAAGAUCCUUCACAAGCAGAUGCUAUCAUGAAAGUUCAACAAGAACUGGAUGAAACAAAAAUUGUUUUGCACAAGACCAUUGAAAAUGUUUUACAAAGAGGUGAAAAGCUGGACAAUCUGGUAGACAAAUCAGAAUCUUUGACGGCGAGUUCCAAAAUGUUCUAUAAGCAAGCUAAAAAAUCCAAUUCAUGUUGCAUCAUCAUGUAA